UUUCUACUUCACUUCCACCGCAUCUCUCAUUUCUAAUAUUUUUUCAUUAGGGUUUUAUCUUCUCUUGUUUCUCAGUUUAUAGUAUAAUGGCCGCCGAAGUUGAAUACAGUUGUUUCGUUGGUGGGCUCGCAUGGGCCACCACCGAUAGAACCCUUUGCGACGCUUUCUCUACCUACGGUGAAGUAAUCGACUCGAAGAUCAUUAACGACCGAGAAACGGGUAGAUCUAGAGGGUUUGGUUUUGUUACCUUUAAGGAUGAGAAAUCCAUGAAGGAUGCAAUUUCAGCCAUGAACGGUCAGGAACUUGAUGGUCGUAACAUCACUGUUAACGAAGCUCAGGCCCGUGGAGGUGGAGGUGGCGGUGGUGGUUUCGGAGGAGGCAGACGCCGUGAGGGAGGCGGCGGUGGCUACGGAGGUGGUGGUGGCGGCUACGGAGGUGGCAGACGUGAAGGAGGUGGUGGCGGUGGCGGCUACGGAGGUGGCAGGCGUGAAGGUGGCGGUGGCGGUUAUGGUGGUGACCGCUAUUAGUUCGAUAGAGAUAUUAAUUAUGCCUAUUGUUAAUGGCCUUUAUAGAUUAGUUUUUAUGUGGUUUAGGUGAAGUGCCAUUACUGUUUAGUGUGAUUUGAGUUGGUUGUCCCUUAUAUUUGGUUUUUAAGAUACUGUGAAUCUGUAUUUUGCCAAGUUCCAUGGAAUCAAGUAAAUGACAGUUUGCGAA